GAGGGGGAAGUGCCGUUGCUAUCAUUGUUGUCACACACCCAACCAACUUUUUUGUCACGAUUUAGCUAAUGAUAUAUGACAGAAGUAUCGGUAAUUGUAGACGACUUUUGAGACCUAUCGAAGGGAUUGGAGACAUCGAUAUGAGUGAUUCCGAGCCACCGAAGUUUGCGUCCAUUGAAGAUGAGCGGGACUACUGGAGAGACCAAGCCGCUCAGCAACAACAAAGGGUGCAAGAGGCACAGGAAGAGCUGCAGGAGUUCCAGCAGAUGAGCCGGGACUAUGAGGUGGAACUGGAGACGGAGCUCAAGCAGUAUGAGACGCGGAACCGGGAGCUGCUCAACAUCAACAACCGUUUACGCAUGGAGCUGGAGAACUACAAGGAGAAAUACGAGACCCAGCACUCAGAGGCCGUCAGACACAUCUCUACUCUGGAGGGGGACCUGGCCGAGACGACGGCCAUCAAGGACCAGCUGCACAAGUACAUCCGGGAGCUGGAGCAGGCCAAUGAUGACCUGGAGAGAGCCAAGAGGGCCACCAUUAUGUCUCUGGAGGAUUUUGAGCAGAGGAUGAACAGCGUGAUCGAGAGAAACGCCUUCCUGGAGAGUGAGCUGGACGAGAAGGAGAACCUGCUGGAGUCGGUGCAGAGGCUUAAGGAUGAGGCCAGAGACCUGAGACAGGAGCUGGCUGUGAAGCAGAAGCAGGAGCGACGGCCCUCUCUCAGCCUCACCAAAGACACUGACGUGGCGGCGCCUACACCCCCUCCCUCCAGGCCUUCGUCUGCGCUGCCCACUCCGUCUAGACCUUCGUCUGCUCUGCCCACUCCCUCCAGGCCCACCUCUGCGAUCCCCAACUCCUUCAACACGCCUCCAGGCUCACAGAGCAGAGGUGAGGGUUUGGUCGGAAGCCCUCUUACUACCUCCGCACGUAUAUCGGCUCUGAACAUCGUUGGGGAGCUGUUGAGAAAAGUUGGGAACCUUGAGUCGAAGCUGGCUACCUGCCGAGAGCUGCGCGUCAGCGACAAGUCGGAGAGCCGGCAGAACCUUACUGCAUCCGUGGGGACGCCCGGGAACCAGCGGGAGAGUCCCGACAUGCAGGCCAACACCAACGGGCUCUACGAGAAGGGAUUGGUGAGGCGGUUAGAUUUUGGACCAGGACCUAAGAUUCUGCUCUGAGCACUCCCAGCAUGCAUUUGCACUGCUCUGGUACUUCACCCCAUACUGCACUCGUGUGACUUCUCCCCCUAACCCCCCCCCCCCCCCCCCCCCCCCCACAAGAGCCCGUACCAGUUCCCCUGCCUCCCAUCCUCCUCACUCCUGGAAGGCAGACUCCUCAACUGCUCCACCAUCCCUCUGUCUGCUGCAGUGUUCCUUACUCGUCCUUUCCCACUGUAGAGGAACCGAGUUCUUGAUGAAGCUGUCCAGGAGUUCUUUCUUUUUUCUUUUUUUUUUUUGCGCACAAGCACUGAGAGACACAACUGAACAGGAGGAAAGGAGGAGAGGAGGAGGAAUUUUCAUCUCAAGACUUGUACUCAUUCCCUCAAGUCUGCCCUAACGUUCUUUUAAUCCAUAGCAUUACAUUAUUGCCUUUCAUGUACUGAUCAAGUGAGACCACUAAGUUCAACAAUGAGAAGACUUCGAAAGAAGCUUUUUCAGCUCAACUCUUUGUGCGUGUGUGUGACAUGUUCUUGUUUUUAACACACUGGAGUUCUCUUUGGAAGCUGGAGGUCUACACUUCUUUUUGCACUCUUUUUUUUUUUUCCUGACGAGAUAUUCUCCCUGAUGAAUGAUGUUGAAACGGUUAUGAGUUACUAGAACCGCCUGGAGUCAUUAAGACUUAAUUAGACUUAGAUGGAGCGAGAAAGUGGAAGUAAGUAUGAGGAAGAGGAGAUAAAAGAACCCUGCACAGGUCCUAUGUAUUAGUAGGAAUGGAACUGCAAGAGAGAGCGAGAGAGCUGAAGAGAGAGAGAGAGAGGGUGAAUGUGCUUACUGUAAUGAUAUGAGCAGAAUGGCUGGCAAAGCAGACUGUCUCACCUUUCUUUGUGAUGGCUGUGGCCAUCUGCAUUAAGAGUUACUGAAUUUCUUUGGUAGAUGAAAUGAAUUGUAAGUGGAUGUCAGUCAGAUUAUUUUUGUUUGUUUUUGGUUAUGUUUGUGGGAUUUUUUUCCCCCCUCUUUACUGUUCCCUUACAUGAUUUGUCGUACUAACACAGCCGAAUUCUUAAGUAGCCUAACACGAGCAGAGAGAGACAGUAUUGUUGGUUAUUACUGCUUUGUUUUAGAUGUCUCAACUACAAUGUUGAUGUCGUUGUGUUGUCGAGAGCUUGUUUUUCAAAGGUGUGUGUGUGUGCGUGCGUGUGUGUGUGUGCGCUUGAGUGUAUGUAUGCGUGCAUUGUGAGUGUGACUUGCUGCUGUUUUAAUGUGUUUUUGUAAAACGUGUUGAACGUCUCAGGGUUUGUUGUGGGAAUAUUUAGCCGGAGGUAGGAUUAGGCCUACAUUAACGAACUUACUGGGACCAUGUGUUGAGUCCCCCUAAUGCUAUUCUUAAAGCCUUGUUCUCUUGUACACAACUGAUAGACUGUUGCACCCAAAGGCCUUGUAGACUCAUCAUAACUGGAAAGGUGUACUAUUUUUAUAUGAAUCUAAACUUGGUGUGCCUUACAAAGUGUUAGAAAUUCUAAGCCUUAAAAGUAUAUUUGGGGAGUAAGGUUUCGUUUCCCCAGGCACAAUAUUUGGGCCUUCCUCAGUGUAUAUUUUUUUCAGUUACCUCAAGUGUUAUGGUUUCUGUUGGGAGAAAACAGACUGAGAAAGUUUGUAUUUUUUUAAACGUCUCGAGUCUCAGUCUCUGAGCCAAUAAGUGUAUAUCUCUCACUACAGAGGGAGGGGUGUGUAGAAUGUUAUAAAAUAUGAAUACUUCAGUGAAGGGUACGUGUGUUUUAUGUUAAAAAGAUAGGAAUCGAAGAGAGAAUAGAGUUAAUAUGCCUUGUUCCUCUUCACAUCUUUCCCCCUUUAGUGGCACCAGAUUACUGUAGACUUGCUGAUGGAUAGAUGUACUUCUAUACUUAUUCAUGUGGCUGAUAGAUGGGAAACAGUAGGUUCAUGUAGAAGAGUAGGCUUUGUAGCUUUAACUAACCGCCUUCUCUCGGGGAGGGGGGAGGGGGGGGCGCAUUUGAAAGUGUCUCCAUACCUGUUAAACAUUCCAGUUGGUGUGUGUCUGAAACAGGCGCCGUGUUUGUCAUUGGGUUUGCGUCACUGUCGCUGAAAUCCACAGACCUGUCACGGUGUUGGUUGGUGUGGCUUUGUGCGUCACUGUGUGUAGUCUGUUCACUUGUUAAGUGCUUCUUACUCUGCAAAGCAAUACACUCUCUUGUCCUCUUAACCUGAGGUGUUGUAUUUAUUAAUGCAAGUAUCUCCUACCAAAAUGGGCACAAUAAAGAUCAUAU